AUGGACAGAGGCAGUGGUUUAAACCUCAUUUAUGAGGUUACCCUGGACAAAAUGCAGUUCCAUAGAUCUCGCGUCGAACAGAGCUACGCUACCUUUCGAGGAAUUAUCCCCGGAAAAGAAGUGCGCUGCUCCGGACGACUCACGCUCGACGUGGUAUUCGGCACCCUCGAGAACUACAGGUCCAAAGAACUACUCUUCCACAUUGUGCCCUCCCACAACGGAUACCACGCCCUAUUAGGGCCUGAUGUGUUCACAAUGUUUCAGGCCAUACUACAUUAUGGAUAUAUGAAACUCAAACUGCUAGGGCCCAAUGGCGUGAUCACCAUUGCAAGCGAUUUGGAUAGAGCUUUUCUAGCCGAAAACACAACAACAUCGCUCUCCCUCGUGGCAUUAUCCAAGGCUCUUGCACCCGAGGAAUUAACCACACUCCGCACAAUGGUGGAUAGGGACGAGGUAGUCCUCAGUAAAAAGCCCAAAUCCACAUCCUUCAAACCAGCCGACAAAACCGUCAAAUUUCAAGUGCAUCCAAUGGACCCCAACAAAACAGCUUCCAUUGGAACCCAACUGGACCCCGCAGUCGACGAAGCAUUGCGCACAUUCCUAUGCGAGAAUUGGGACAUAUUUGCAUGGCACCCUUCCGACAUGCCAGGAAUCCCACGAAGACUGACGGAGCAUAGCCUAAACAUAAUCAAGGGCUUCAAGCCUGUUAAACAGGCGCUGCCCUGA